AUGGUACCAGGUGUUCUCGAAGUAACGAUCGUUGAAGGAAGAAGUUUGAAAAACUGUGAUUUUUUUGGAGAAAAUGAUGCGUAUGUAGAAGUGUAUACUGAAAAAAAGUAUAAACAACGUACACGAACAAUUAAAAAUAGUAACAAUCCAGUUUGGAACGAACAACUUCGAUUUAAUAUUCAUAAAGGUGAUGAUACAAUUCAUUUUGAUGUUUAUGAUAAUGAUUUUAUCGGUCGAGAUACAAUUGGUAAAUGUAAAAUUAGACUCAAACAAAUUUUUGAUGAUGGUGAAUUUGAUCAAUGGAUUAAAUUACCAACACAUUUUGGAUUAUCAUCUCGUGGUGAAAUUCAUGUUAUGAUGACUUUUACACCUGAUUAG